UCUCGCUACCUUCACGACAAGCAUCACAAUGGCGGUUCUGCCAGCUACAUGGGACAUGUAUGACCUUAUACAGGGUUUUAUACAGGCACCAGCCUACCACUUGGUGUUUGAAGCUUUGUUGAUAGUAUGGAUAUUCAAGCUUAUAUUCUCCAAGAGCUAUGCUCCAGAAAGAACUGUCUUGACAGAAAAGGAAAAGUCAGACCUUAUUGCAGACUGGCAACCAGAGCCCUUGGCUCCUCAUGUACCAGAUGAUCAUCCAGUUCUUCAGAGCAUGGAGCAUAACAUGAUAUCUGGCCGUCCAGACAAGUAUGUGAACAUCAAUGGCAAGCGGUGUAUCAACAUGGCCACUCUAGACUUCCUUGGAAUGAUCAAUGAUAAAAGCAUUGAGAAGGAGGCCAUUGCUGCACUGAAAGUCUAUGGAGUAGGCUCAUGUGGACCAAGAGGCUUUUAUGGAACCAUGGAUGUUCACUUGGAACUGGAGGAUAAGCUUGCCAAGUUCAUGAAUUGUGAGGAAGCAAUCUUGUAUUCUUACGGGUUUGCCACCAUUGCCAGUGCUAUCCCAGCCUAUUCCAAGAGGGGGGACAUAGUGUUCUGUGAUGAAGGAGUGUGCUUCUCCAUCCAGAAAGGUCUGGUGGCAUCUCGUAGCAUUGUCAAGUUCUUCAAGCACAAUGACACGGAUGACUUGGAGCGACUUCUUAUUGAGCAGGAAAAAAAUGAUAAAAAGAAUCCCAAGAAAGCAAAAGCAACAAGACGUUUCAUAGUUACAGAAGGACUGUCUAUCAACUAUGGUGACAUCUGCCCUCUACCUAAACUGCUGGAGCUCAAAUGGAAGUACAAGGUUCGCAUUUUCCUGGAGGAGAGUCUCUCAUUUGGUGUGCUGGGGAAGACUGGCCGAGGAGUCACUGAAUACUUCAAUGUGAAUAUAGACGAAAUUGAUCUGAUUGCUGCAUCUCUAGAGAACUCCAUUGCCUCCAUCGGGGGAUUCUGUUGUGGGCGGAAAUAUGUCAUUGAUCACCAGCGACUGUCCGGACUGGGCUACUGUUUCUCGGCCUCCCUGCCACCUAUGCUGGCUUCAGCUGCCACACAGGCCAUUAGCAUCCUGGACAACAACCCUGGCUUACUGAUACAGCUUGAGGAGAACUCCAAGCUGAUGCACAAGGGCCUCUCCAAGCUUGAGGGCUUCUGUGUCCUGGGUGAUCCCAUUGCUCCCAUCAAGCAUGUCCGCCUGUCCGAGCCAUCAGAUGACCGGGAUCUGGACAUGAAAACCCUGCAGAUGAUUGUUGACCAUUCGAUGAAGCAGGGCGUAGCACUGACCCUGGCACGCUACCUUGAGAAGGAGGAGCACAUUCUUCCAUGCCCCAGUAUUCGAGUGUCUGUGAACUGCAGGCUGGACAAAGCUGAGAUUGAUCGAGUGUUGAGCGUAGUGACUGCUAGUGUAAACCAGGUGAUGUCUGCCUCGUCAUAGCAGUUGGAGGGAGUUCGACGUUGAACAGCAGUCUACCUUCCUCCACAGACAGGAACUACU